AUGCUGCCAAGUCAUUCUUUUGACUCCACUUCGGAUCGCGCGAAGAAGAAUGGGUACUAUUCCUUCGGCGAUGAGGGGCUCACCGCCACCGUUGGGGCAUCUGGGCAAUUACUGCGGAUAUCGCGACAUUUCCCUGGCAAGAGGACAGGAUUCUGUGUGGAUGAACCCGACAUGGAAGAGCCAUUCCGUGUGACUCCUCGACUCAAGCAGUUCCUCUACCGAGCUGAAGACGCCUCCUCCGAAAAGGGCAUCGGCACUUACGUCGACGCUCUCCACCUGAAUAGGCAAGUCUACUAUUCAGAGUUGGUACAUGAUAGGUGGCCGGCUUUCAAAAUAGGCUCACUGGAUGUGAACCUUGAUUUACAAUAUGCCAUCUUGGAUGGCACCGUUUAUCAGACGUUCAAAUUUGAUUACUCUCAGAUCACCAGGAACGGAUCUAAACCCCCAAGCCCGCCGAUUGUUCGUUUAAGGAGUGAUUUAUUGAUCAGAAACCUGGAUUACAUAACCCUACCGGGCCACAAUCCAUUCAAUAAUCCUGGUGACAACCGGUACAAACCGGCGCGGCUAGAAGGUGGCAGUGUCCUUCGAGAGCAUGAGGACGAAGAUGGCAAGCAAUUGUUCUUUUCUAUCAUGGCAUUCGAUGACGAGCGUGUCUUCGAGAUCGUCGAGGCCCCUACUCUACAGAUUGGGGAGAUGCCAGCCGACUACCUUCUUGGGUGGGAUUAUCUGCUCAAAUGGGACGAGCAAGCUUCCAAGGACAUUGAUCAAUAUGGGCGUCUAUCAGUGACAGUGGCGUAUAGACUUGGGUAUGAUCAGUCGCCUGUCAGGCCGGUGGACACGGUCCAGUCCGCGGAGCAGUUGGAUCUAUCCACAAUGCCAUAUGAGGCCCAGACUUUCAGCAACAACCCCAACCUCGAUGUCUGUCUCUGA